AUGUAUUUCAUAUUCGCACUAUUAUUCAGUUUAGGAAUAAUUAUUCAGGAGGCAAAGUCAAAUGAUUCAGUUCCACUUCAUUAUUCACAUCUCAUAGCACCAACUAAAUCAAUAUUCUGUCAUGCAAACGAUUGGUGCCAUAGGCGAAUGGGAACAAAUGGCAAACGUUUUCGAUUACCACUCAGAGAAGACAUUGAACAUUUGCGUGAUAUUGACAAUAUUGGGGCAUUUUGGUUAGGCUAUAACGCCUUCUACAAUUUUCACAAUGCUACAAAACUCAACUGGUGGUAUCGUGAUUCAGUGUCCUCAACACUAAAGAAAGCCAACAUGAAUAAGUUAAAGAUUUCAGGUGGUCUUAAAUCGUCUGAUCCUGGAAGUGUUGAAUUAUGUUUAAUUCACACAGCGUCUACGAAGACAAGUGAAUCUGUAGAUUGUAGAUUAACGAAAACGGUUUUAUGUGUUGAUGCUCCUUCCAUCGGACCAUCGAUAAAACAUCAGAAUACUGAUUCUUCGAUUGUAGUUAAAAAGUUCAAAUCUGAUAAGAUAAGUAGUCGUAAGAUCAUAUCGACUACUGAUGGGAGAGAUGGCUGUUUCGUGAAGAUACGUUCAAAUAAUUUACGUAGAUGCACCGUGGAGUGA